AUUUCUAUUGGGGUAGAAUCUCUAAUUGGCCGCGACCUCGCUCAACCUUGUCCAAUAGAGAACUGCACACUCUGUUACACCUGCGUUAGUUGCGCCCAAACGCAAAUGGUCGGAGCUGAUCAUUCAUGUCGGGAAAAGUACCUUUCGGUGUCGCCAUCAAGUCAGAACUGCAGAAAUCACGUUUUGGGACGACGUCAAGCAGGGCUCGCCGACCUUUCUGAAGCUGACAGCUACUUCCUGGUUACCGAAACGGCCUCGGUCGAAGGAUGACUCUGCUCUUCGUCUACGGCACUCUGAAGCGGGGGCAGCCGAACCACGCCCUCAUGUUGGACCGGAGCCUCGGCGCCGCGCAGUUGCUGGCCACCGCCGUGACGACGGAGACGUUCCCGCUGGUGAUCGCCGGCGAGAGAAACGUCCCUUUCCUCCUCAACCUCCCGGGUCGGGGUCGCAGGGUUCACGGCGAGCUCUAUCGAGUGGAUGAGCGCUUGCUCAGUUUCAUGGAUGUCUUUGAAGAUACGCCCGCCCUGUACCAGCGAACGACGCUGACGCUGACGGUGAAGGAGUGGCUGGGGCGGGCCGACGACGAGCAGAAGACGGCGGCGGGGGGCGUCGUCGAGGCCUUUGGGUACAGCACCGGCACGUACCGGCCGGACUGGCCCUCGCUGCCCCACCGCGACAACUACGACUGUCGCGGCGAUCACGGCCUGGAGUACGUCAGGAAGUAACGGCGGCCGCGGGUUUGUGCGCGGCGACGGCGUUCCCCCCCGCCCCUCUGAUUGAUUUGGGGGAAAGGUGCUCUGAGAGCUCCAAAAUUCAACGCCUUCAUGCACACAAAACGCAACUUUCCUCUUGAAUACAAAUUGUAGGCUUUUAUUAGGAAUCGAAAAAUGUCUGGCUUGGUAAGAAAAAAGAAAGGGAAUUCUUGCGAGAGUUUUUCAUUUCGUUCACCCACACAAACGCGGGUGGGCAAAGUAAUGCAUGGGAUGAAUCGGGCGGAGCGGCUCGCUCGGCGGCGUAUCAAAGCAAUAUCCAAAAAAGUGGCUGCGAAAUGAGCCGUUCUUUUCGUGUCGACCGAUUGUCACGCAAAGCGGACCCGUUGAUCCGAACGAUCAGCUUCGUGUUCGUCGAAUGAUUUCGAACCGGCGCAAUGCCAACCGAUUGCGGUAGAGGAGUAGGAAAACAUUAGGAAUACUCACAAGCUGUGCACAAAGUGAAUGCUGGUGGUGAGGAACCUCCCGUGUGUGUGUGAGGUGAAAAGACUUUUUGUGGAUAUUCACGAGUGCAAAGCGGCAUGCUUUGGUGUGUAUUUAAAGUCUUUCUGGCGAGAAAGCUAGCUGAGAAUCCAGAAUUUCACCUGGUGGUGGUGGUGGUGCUGGGGUGGGGGGGGGGGGGGUGUUAAAAUCAAUAAAGUUCUUUUCUGAUGCUUGGCAGCGAGCGAUUGGCCGAGCAUGUGGCGCUGCGGAUCACCUCCAUCCACCUGGUGAAAAGUACAAGAAAACGGGAUGAGGCGGAUUUGGCCAUUGCGGAGGCACCUCAAAUCCACUCGAACGUCCAUCUCCUUCAAAUAUUUUGGGGGCAUUCGAGCCCCCCCCCCAAAAAAAAUGUCAUCGCUGCCCAACCGGCCGAUCACAAUCGACUGCUUCACUCCCUUGCAGCCGAUUCCCCCCCCAAACGAUCAGCCGCCGAGCGGACCCGAAGGCGUCUCUCGGUAAGGCGGCGCUCACCGUUCAAAGGCGUACUCGCUCUCCGCUCUGAAGUAGUAGACGUGGGACUUGAAGUGCAGUUUGAAGACGUAGUCCUUGUGGAUGUUCUCCGACUCGGACGGGACGCUGACGGAGUAGCCCAGCAGAGGAAGGCUGGCCAGGGGGUAGUCGUCCUG